UCGCAGCGGGACGUGAGGAUGCAGUACACAGGCAUGUUUCUGUCGGCUGUGAUUUCCCCUCGUCUCUCUUCAUCGGAUCAUCUGUCGGAGGGUUCUGCCGUAAAGUGCAGCAGCCAUGGGGCCGAGCAAAGGACGCCUCCUGCUCCUCACUGUGGGACCCACCAUCCUCAUCGUGUUGUCCUCAUACCAAUGGGACAGGAUACGGGAAGAAAGAGCGGAACGGCUCCAUCGGCGGCAGGAACUGAGAAAGCAGCUGCUAAGAAAUACGUGUGACCGAGAGGAAUUUGCUGAGGGGAAGCGCAGUUUGGAAGACAUGAGUGACAAACAGCUGGAGAACCUGAUUGUGGAUGACAAGCACGGCAUCAUCUACUGCUACAUUCCUAAAGUGGCGUGUACCAAUUGGAAGAAGGUCUUCUUGGUCCUGAAACAGGGACAGCCAUACCAGGACCCCAUGUCCAUACCGUCUGAGAAUGUCCACCACAAAAUCAACUUUGCUCUCCUAAACGGCUUCCCGAGGCCAGAGAUUAAGGCAAAGCUGAAGCACUACACAAAGUUCCUGUACGUCCGGGACCCCUUUGUCCGCCUCAUCUCCGCCUACCGAGACAAGUUCCAGAAGGAAAAUGAGUACUUCUAUCACUUAUAUGGCCGGGACAUUCUGCGCACGUAUGCCAACCAGGCUGAUCCGCCCGAGACAGCACAUGAGGCGUUUGCGUCCGGCAUUCACGUCUCAUUCUACAACUUUAUUCAGUACCUGCUGGACCCGCAGACGGUGUCGCCCUUUGAACCCCACUGGAGGCAGAUGGACAGUCUGUGCCACCCCUGCAUAAUACAGUACGGCCAUUUCUGCCAGCAGGGCAGCACAAGGUAUGACUUCAUCGGCCAUCAGGAGACCCUUCAGGAGGACGCUGAACAGCUGCUGAAGAUGCUGAUGCUGGAAGACCACAUUCGGUUCCCUCCUUCAUACGAAAACGUGACUUCCCGGGAUUCUGUGUCGGACUGGAUGGGCACGGUGCCCCUGGACGAGAGGAGGAAACUCUACAAACUGUAUGAGGAGGACUUCAGGCUUUUUGGCUACAGAAAGCCAUCUGAACUGCUUGAUGGUUGAUAUGAAGUCACGAUUUGCACUUUUCCCUACGCAGACAGUCGGCAUUGAAGCCACAAUAUUUACCAUUAUAUGCAUCGUGCUUAUAUUACGUCUCUGUUGAUGUAUUUGUCUUCAGAUUAUUUACAUCUCAAGCUUACAGUACAUGAUCAAAAUGUAGAGACGGUUCAUCUCAUUGAUAUGAGGUGAGAUUGUUCUUCUUCAACUAUUCUUACCCAGAUUGAUAUUUGUUAGGUUCACUGGUUUGUGAACAGUUAGCUAAAUGUAUGAAAUAAAUUAAAUUAAAUCUUGCAAGUUGGUGUACACGCUU